ACAAUAUGCGCAUAUCGAUUGUGUUUACAGUAUGACGACAAUGUCAGUACUCAACAAAAUAUUCUUGAUAAGCCUCUUUUGUUCACCGGGAACUUCUGUUCGAGACAGAGAGUCCUACCCAACCAUUCAAGACGUAGUCUCUUUCAAAACGCCCCAACAGACAACACACGGACCUGCAGAGAGCGACCUAACCAUAGACAUCGAAAAACUGGACAUCCGUAGACUGAAACAAGACGAUGCCGCAUUUCGCAAUCAUCUGAUGGGCGGUCUUGGAGGUGAUUUACUUCUACAAGACGAAAAAAUAACAAAGGAUACUAGACGCGUGCAAAAAUGGUUGAACUCAACAGAAACAUUUUCCGCAGCGUACAAAAUACAAUUCAGAACGAAAAUGGCGGAUAACAUGUUACAACUCAUUUACAUGGCUAGAUCGAAAAUAAAGAUCGUCGAAGUCCAUGGAUAUAUCAACAGGGAAACACCAGAGUACCGUGUAGGUGUGAUCAUAAAGAAAUUGGAUAACUUGUUAUAUAAGGCUUUGAGAUAUUAUACGGUCAUGGUAAUGAAGCAGAACGAAGGGGAAUUUGAAAAAGAGAGCAGUUCAGUUCUAAAUAUGCACCACAAGAUUAUUAUGGCGCACGAAGAUUUCAUGCACCUGUUCUUCGUACAAAUGCAUUUACAUGAGAGGUUUGAGCAGUUGAAUGAUCAUCCUAUUCACACUCCUAGUGAGAAAACUAAAACUACUACCCUAUCUUCCGCAGAAAAGUACGCGAAGAUGCAGAAAUAUGGCUACGAGAUGGUGCAAGAAAAUUAA